AUGGCCACGACGCCUAGAGCUCUAGUCAUUUUAGUAUAUCUGACAUGCGCGGAUCAACAUUCAAUAACCGUUACACGUUUCCCGUCCAUUCGCAACUUUGCUCUUGACGGUCGUGUCACAGUUUCGGGUGUAGAGAUACGCUUUUCUGAUCCGAAACUGCAACCUGUGCACGCAAUAUACGGUCUACGUUAUGCGUCUCUUGGUGGUGAGGGGAACAGCAUGGUUUCGAGGACUGGGACCGCGGAGUCGGGAGAGCUUUAUCACCAAGCCGCGAAGAGGCGCUUCAUGCAUUCCGUUGCGGCAUUUAUUUACGAGACACCGGCACGCGGCCAUCUGCAAAAGACUGGACCCCCACCCGAGUGUCCACAGCCGCGUAGAGUGCAGCCUGCACAUGACACGUCCUUCGAUGAGUGGACAGUCAGGGCUGCCUCCAGUACCACCUCCACCCACCACCUCCUCCAAAACCCGCAGCCCACUACUCAGGCGGAAGACUGUCUGACACUGAACGUCUUUGUCCCUGGGGCAGCUAUUGACGAAAAGAUGAAGAUGUGCACCAUUUUAGAUAACAAUACCUGUGACUUCUCCUACAUAGCUGAUAACCAUUGUCAGUCAGGUGCGGAGGACCUCAAUGAGCAUGCACUUCCAGUGCUAAUUUUCGUUCACGGUGACUCCUACGAGCAUGGAUCUGGAAAUGCCUACGAUUUCAGCCUGUUUUCCAGCCUUGGGAGUGUCAUCGUGGUAACGCUCAACUACAGGCUCGGUGUUUUAGGUUUUCUAUCGGAAAACAUCGCUGGCUCGACUCGAGGCAAUUUCGCCCUAUUCGAUUUGCAGGCCGCGAUUCAAUGGGUCUACUCCAAUAUCCACCGUUUCGGAGGCGAUUGUGAGCAAAUGACCCUGAUGGGCCACUCGCAUGGAGCCGCGCUAGUGCAUUUAUUCGCCACGUCCUUGCUGUCUAUUGGCCCAAAUUACUAUGGUAUAAAAAGACUCGUCCUUUUCGACGGAUCGGCCAACGCACCAUGGGCUACGUCUGCAUGCGACACCGACAUCAAGUCACUUAUCGAAGCCAAUUUCCAAAUGCAACAGUCCUCUUCUGCCUCCAUUUUUGACCUUCUUCAGGAUCUUUCUAUUACAUCCAUCCUCGAAAUUCAGCGAAAUUUGUCCCGUCUAGGUCUCGAGAGGUGUUUCUCCCCCCUACCAAGGAAACAGCAGGUAGUCACUGUGACACCAACACUUUUCAAUCGGGUCAGUCUCAUGUACGGACAAACGGAAUUCGCAGGAUCUAUUUUUUACCAAAAUGCAGCAAUUGAUGACAAUGUCAGCAAAUUCAUGCCAGCAUUGGUCUACUUGUUAGAACACGUAUUUCAAGUCGCUGCCUACCCAUUAACUGACCUUUUGAAAUACGUUUACGUGCAGUCUGACACUUGGACACAAAAUGAUAAUAGUAGUGAUGAGAAAAACAAGAUCUACGAAAUUUUCACCGACGCGUUGUUCUGGACCCCUGGUUUGGCAACUCUUAGACAACAUGAAACCGAGCAGGAGCAGAGCUCGGAAUUUAGUUCAGCCGGGUCCUCCCGAUAUGUUGUUCACUUUUCCCGGGCGGGUUAUGGUGAUGAUCUUAACCUACUGCUCGGUGCACCAUUUGUUUCGAGCCUUCACCUCAAGAGCAGCAUGAAAAGACGCCUUUCUCAGAGCCUUAUUCAAUAUGCUACAAACUUCAUUCAUUUUGGAGAUCCCAACAAACAUUUUACAAUUCCAAAUAUUGCUCAAAAUCUUGCAAAAUCAUGGCCAGCGUUCAAUUCAAGAGAUGAACUGUCUCUGAAACUAUUCAAGCCAACUGUCGGACUCAAUGAGCCGUUGCCGCCAAAUGAUGUACUCGAUGUUGCUUCGGCUUAUAGAAAACGCUAUACGACCUUUUGGAUGAAAAUAUUUCCCAAAAUUGCUGCUAGUAGCAGAAGAACACCGCAAUGUAAGGGCAGAACCAUAACCCACUUUGCAGUGCCCGAAGUUCAGUACGGGGAGGCCGCAAUGGAUGGAUAUGCACCAGUACCACCCAAAUCAACUGAGCAGGUGUCACUGAGUGAAAGACCUUCUACCAUUUACAACGAAACAGUAGAGUUCCCAUCUUUCUACGAUACAAAUCGGAUGGCGCCUUUAACAACUGAAGAUUCAAAGGAAGGUUAUAACCGAAUUUUUCUGCUUACAAUCGUCGCGGGCCUGUCUCUAUUCCUUAUCAACAUUGUCUUUACUGCAACCUUCUAUUUUUGUCAUCAACAACGCAAGGAGAGGUCUAGCGGUAUCCUCAUCUCAGCCUCCGAGGCGGAUCACAGGGAAAACAAAAAUAGCCAGGCCGCUAAGCUGACGAGUGAAAUGUCAAGUUGCUAUCAAUCGGUGGUGAGGUUACCUUCACUCAGCUCGGCUGUGGAGGCACCAUUUCAGCUGGCAACAACGAAAAUGCAGACAGACUUUCAGAGUGUUGCCUUUGAGACUCUGCACAGAUCGCCUAACCAAUUGGGACAGAUAUACCCGCCCGGUGGGAACCAAGCAACACCCAUGGCAGACCAUCAAAUCAUCGCGGCGUUGGACUCUAGUCCGAAGAAAGAAACGCACAUGAGACCUAGCGCUAGGUAUAAUCAAGCCAACCUCGGCAACGGUGGAUGGCACUACUAUCGUUGA